AUGAAUAUGUCGUCAUUUGAUGUAGGAACUGGGUCAGUUCAAAAACCAAGGAAGACCCAGCGAGCUCCCAAAAGUUGUUACCAGUGCUCCAAAAAACGUGUGAAGUGCAACAAACAAAUACCUUGCCAAAACUGCAUCAAGCGGGGACAAGAAUGCUUUCAGGAGGCCGUAAUUGUCAAAGGAGUCAUUUUAAACGACACCAAGUUCGACCUAACUGAAAAAUUGAAAACAGAGAACGAAUUCUUGCAUGAGAAAAUCCAACGCUUGGAAGCCAAGCUAUCCCGACAGGAUGUAAAACUGAUGCAAUCAAUGGGAUCCGUUGUUAAUAGAGAUUAUGUAGACAAGCUUGGUACCGGGGCUCGAUUGGUUUCUCGUGAUCUUUUACCAGGCUCAGAUGUUAUCGACACAGAUACAGAGAGACUAACCAGUGCAAAAUUAGAAAAACUAUCGAGGUUCGUCACCCGAGAUGUGUCAAGGAAAUUGGUAGAGUUCAAUUUGGAGAAUCUUUAUUUGGUUCAUUCGGCAGUACAUCCAAAUUCCUUUCUAAAGGAGCAUGAAUUAUAUUGGAACGACAAUUCAAGACCUAAGCAUUUGAACUACGAGGUUAACCUCUCACAAAACCAGUAUUUAUGGAUGGCUAUUUGGUAUGCGAUGAUAAGCGGCGCACUAUACACUUUGGACACUGAUUUAGAGCUGUAUUUGGGCUUAACUUCGGAGGGAUAUUUUGAGAUGGCUAAAAUUUCUUCUCUUGUAUCUCUAGAGUGUCUACAUAGAGGGCAGUUUUUGAGAAUUCCUAAUAUUCGUUCAAUCCAGGCAUUUUGCGUAUUAGCUUCAUGCUUCCAUGGUUUUUCCGGAAUACACUUACAGAACUCUUUACUAUCUUGCAUGAUAUACAUUGGCCAAUCCUUGAACUUACACAGGCUUAGCUUGCUGCAAGCAGAAAGUUUAGUAGACUAUGAAGUAUCUUGCAGAUUGUGGUGGAUACUUGUUGUUAUAGAUUUCCUCGAGGAUGUCCAUAGGCAAACAAUUCUUUCAGAUAAUUUCCAAACACCAAUACCAAGAAAUAUCAGUGAAGAUGAUCUCAAUUCUGGAGAUUUAAACGUUACAGAGACCGACGAAUUUACAUGUAUUACUUACAAUCAGAUGAUCAUGAAAUUAUCAAGAAUAAAAAAGAGUUUGUAUUAUGAGGAUAACGCAGAAACUAGCAAGUUCACCUUCAACCAAUUGAACUUAGCAGAUUUGGAAUUGUUAAAGUUGCAAAGCACGAUUUCAAACCAAAUUUUGAAACUCAAAGAUCCAAAGCGAUCAACUAGAUUUGCCAUAUUUUUGACGGAAGUGAAAUUAGCUCAUGAAAGAUUACUUGUCAAUAGAAUGGUUAUUAGCCAUGUAAGCAAGGAAAAAUGGUUAUCGGAAUAUAGAUACAAAUGUGUAUCUUUCGCUAUAACGGUGAUCAGCAAAUUUAACGACAAGAGCCUACCUUUUUAUUUCAAAAAGUACUGGAUGACUAGUGAACAUUCGAUAAAUGCAAUAGUGUUCUUAAUCUUGGACCUAGUAUUGCACCAACUGCCCAGAGGUGAGCGUUCCUACAGACUAAAAUUGAUCAACGAAUGUAUUAAUAUAUUGGUGUUGCUAAAGAGAACUCAUACGACUGUUUCUCGGGGAUUGAGAAUAGUGGAAGCUUUGCUCAUAAUGUUACAACAAAGCGGCCGUUCAAAAUUUACUAAUAUGUCAGAGACUGCAGAGAUCAGCAACACCAUUAGCGCCUUAAAAUCGACACCUCGUAUUUACGGUAGUGUUGAAGUUAAGGGCCCAUUAAAACCAGAGAAUGAACAAUUGAUAUUCAAAAAUUAUGAUGAAAGUUCAGAGACUAUUUUAAAUGACUUGUUGCAAGACAAUAAUUGGCAGCAGUUUCUUGAAUGGAUUAAUUCAAAUAGUAUGAAGCAAUGA